GCAAUAGAUAUGCUUUUUUUUUGGCAAAACAUUUUCGUAUAUAAAGGCAAAGAUUUACGCAGACAUCAAGUUAGUUUAAAACUUAAGAGUUGGAAAUAAAAUGUGGCAGAAUAAAGUAUUUUUGGUUCUUUUGAUUUGCUGUUAUAACGCAAGAUUUGGUAACUCUCAGACAUCACCUAGUCCCAACCUAUUAACCGAUGUGGAAUUAAAAGAGCUUUGUCAAGGAAUUGAAUUUCAAUAUAUAGCCCAUCCUAGCAAUCAACAAAGUUAUAUAAUAUGUAUACCAGGCGGUGGGAUCGAAAAGCAGUGUGACCCCAGUAAUUGUUUUGAUGAACGCAAGCCACCCUGUUCCACCACCUGUAGUGCCAAUACAAAUGUACCCGAUCAAAAAACCAAAGAUUAUUGCAAUGAUGAUGAUACACCUCUAUUGGAUCGUGUGGCUAAUGAUAAAGAUUGUGAUUCCUAUUUCAUUUGUGUGGGUAAAAAUGUAGAUCCUCUGGCACAAAAAUGUCCAACGAAUCAACAUUUUUCCGAAAAACACAAAACUUGUAUGAGCUAUCAUGAAGCCAAUUGUGCUGCCAAUUCGAAAUGGUGUAAAAAUCGUCGAGAUAAUACACGAUUUCCCAAGGACACUUGCUACGAAUACUAUGAGUGUCAAGCGGAGAUUACGUUAACAAAAACAUGCUCCUACGGUGAACAUUUCGAUAAGGAUUUGGGUCAAUGUGUAAGUGGUAUUUGUCAAGAUGAUAAGAGAGUUCCAGAUUGUAAAAAUGAAAAGGAUGGUUUCCGCUUGCGUCAUUCCAAAUGCUAUAAAUAUUUUGUGUGCUUAAACCAAGCUCUGUUCGAGGCGCAAUGUGCCAACGGUUACUAUUUUGAAAGCGAUCGGGGUGUGUGUAUGAAAGACACCUAUAAAGUCUGUAAUGAUGAUUAAAUAAAGAAAGUAAUAACUGAUAUUUUUUAAGCCUUCCAUUCUAAUUCAUUCAGAACUAGAACAGAACUAGUUUUAAGCCUUCCAUUCUAAUUCAUUCAGAACUAGAACAGAACUAGAACAGAACUAGAACAGAAGUAGAACAGAA